UUUUUUUUAUUGAGAUUUUUGGAUUAAUAUGACUGAAAUAUGUGGGGAGAGGCGUUCUUUCGAAGGGUUGAUUGUAAUUCAAGCAGUGAAUUCUUGUGGGGUUUUUGAUCAAUUUUUGGUGAUUUCGGUACCAAAAAUUACGAUGGAAGAAGCGCCAACAUCAUGUUCGGAGAUAAAAGCUUCCUCGCCCUCACCGAAGACUGUGAUUCAUCGAGCUUGUGAAGCGAAAUCGGAGAAGCCUAUUUAUCUCAGAGAUAGAGAGAGAAUUCUCUAUCCGAGGAGCACCAGGGCUUUGGCGAAAACACCGGUUGUGGGAGGUACUCCUAUUGAAGAGGAAACUUGCAUGGCCCUAAGAACGUUGGUCUUCGGAAGCUGUGCAAGUCCACCAAAAGUUGAAUGGGCUAGGACUGGAUUGACUUUGCGACCACCAAGUCAAUCCUUGGGAUUUGGAUUGAGAUCCCCGAGAAAUACGACCAGAGGUUUUAUCACAGCCGUUCAGGCAAUUAUGCUCAAGCAUUUUUUAUUCAAGUGCAGCAAACCGGACAAGUGCACACCAGAUACUUUACUAAACCCAUGUUUCGACAGACAAAUAGAGGUGUUGACAUCUGCAAUAGCAGACAUAAUAUGGCGUUGUGCGGGUGGUUUUGCAGUACAAAGUUCAAGUUGUUCAGUAAAUUUAAAUACAGUUUCAAGUGUCAGCACCCCGAAAGCAAUUGUUGCUUUACCCCAAGAAACACCGUAUCUACCGCAUAGCGUACAGUACUUUCAAGAUGGAUUAACGGAAACCCUGCAUCUAUUCGAGUUCAACUCUUUGGAAGACCUUGAAAUUUUCAUUAAGCGUUAUUUGUACUUGUUUCAAGAUGAAGGUGGACCAGGAGCAAAAUUGCUACUUUACAGUGCAGUUCUUUCGAGAGGAUUUGCAAAAAUUCGAAGUGAUUUAGAAGAUACAAAAGGAUCCAUUUUGAGUGGAUGUCCAGAAGAAGGCCCUUUAUCUAUUGUCCUUCUUGCUCUAACUGGAAGAGCUUCUCCUCAUCUUCACAAUGGUGUAAUUCACGUUGGCGAUGAAAACACCUAUGCGAUUCCACAAUGGGGAGUCCUUGUGAGGAGCGAAAUAGGAUUUUUAGCUCAUGAUGGAGAUGGUGAACAUAAUAAGCAGCCAGGGUCUCGUCUGAAGACACCCAGUUUACCUAUCUGGGUGACUCUUUGUCUCGGUCAUCAUGGUGUUCUCUUCAAUACAAACCGUGAACUUCUUAGGAACUAUCAUGCUGAAAGACGAUUCGAUGUUCAAUACUACACUUGCGGUGGAAGUCACGCCACAUUGACUAUAGACACCAGGGCAAGAGAAAAUGCCUCGGGCAUCGAUGGCAAGGAGAUGAAAGAAUCCCUUGAUAUAGCAGCAACACCUUUAGAAAAACUCAUUCACUCCAAAUGGCAGGACGCAGAGGUCCAGUGGAAUGGAACCCCCAUGCUGUGAGGACAUCACUAAGCUUUUGUCUAAGAAAAUCAUUCAUGAUGAACGGCCCUCGAAUUCUCAUUUAAUAGACCUGUGUUACUAAAUAUAAAUGUACAUUAUACGUUUUGCCUUUCCCGAAUCCUUGUGAAAGUUAUUUUACGAAUUUAAUGAAAAUAUAAUC